AAAAAAAAAAAACUUAGGAUUGAAUAAGAAAAACUGUAGUAAAUUUAAGACAAUGUUGGUUUAAACAACUACUCGGCCGACUAAGUUGAUUAUUUUGCUAAGAUAGAGAUGCUUUCUUACAAGCACCUUGCGAAUAGUACUCUUUUCUUUUAUCUUGUGGUUAAAACGACCAACAUACGUCAUUAUGUUUUCCUUUCGGUCACAUGUCCAAUCAAACAGGGUAUGUCUUCUUUAUCUUGAUUUUUGAAAUGACCAUCCAAUGUAUGCUUUCAAUCGUGUCCAGAAUUCAAGACAUUCAUAACAUUCCACGUAUUCGACGACUUCGUAUCGUGCCACGUGCGAAAGUGGAGGGCUAGAGUUCAAAUAUCCAAGAUGUCAUCAUGACACAACGCCUAUCAACACUGAUCAUACUUCCAUAUUUGAUAAAGAAUUAGUAGUACUUGGUCAUUAAACUUUUAAUGAUUACGGGAUUGCACAUGUGGAUACUAAAAUUCUUUGUUUGAAUUUUUAAUGCCGAUUUUUCAAUUUCAUCAAACUGGGGUCAUAUAUAAUUUAAAUGUGUGUUUGUGACACUUAAAAAGUAAGUAAGAGCAAAAGUCAUUUUUGCUUGUGCACCGAAAUUUAAGAUAUUCAAAUUGCAAUUAUGAAUUCUUACUUGAAUCUAAAUGUCAAUAUUUAAGUAUUAUAAAAGUUUAAGUAAUUUCAAAUUAAAAAUCUUAGAUGUAGAGAUGCACCGAGGGAUGUGCAUGGAAAUCGGACUGAUCAAGAAUUGAACCCAAUUGGACCAAACCAAGCGAUUUUGGAUAAUUCCUUGAAAUUGGGAAUAAUUAGUCCGAUUUUCUGUUUCAAAUGCGGAAUUGAAUCGCUCAAAUUGGAUUGGACCAAUAAAUUGUCGAAACCCUAAGUCAGAUCUUUCCAAUUCGGAAACCGGAUUGGACAUUUCCGGUCCUAUCAGUUUGGUUCUCGGUUCUGAGGCGGAACUGGCCCAAUUCGGAAACCGAUCACCCUUCGAUUUCGCCUUCGGUCAAUCAGACCGCAACAGCUGGGCCACGUCUAUGUAGCGUACGGGAAAAGGAGUCGCGUGGCCGCACCGGAAUAAACCCCCCAAUCGACGUCGCCCGUCAAUUCAUCGCCGAUCCAAAACAUGUCCUCCAAGCACUCCGCCGCCGCCCCGGCCGCCGCCUUCCCCUACACUCCUCUCCCUCCUCCUCCGCCGCCGCCGCCCGACGCCGUCGCCGUCGGCGUCGUCGUCCUCCCCUUUUACCCCCGCCGCCGCGGCUCCGCCCUCCGCCCCCGCCUCCGCCGCUGCCUCUGCUUCUCCGCCUCCUUCCUCCUCGUCGCCGCCGCCGCGGGGUUCGUCCUCUUCCCCUCCGACCCGACCGUCGAGCUCGCCCGGAUCAGGCUCAACCGCGUCCGCAUCGCCACGUCGCCGGCCCUCACCCUCGACCUCUCCUUCAACGUCACCCUCCGGGUCCGGAACCGGGACGUGUUCUCCAUGUACCUCCGGUCGCUCAACGUCUCGGUGGGCUACCGGGGGAGGGAGCUCGGGUCGGUGACGUCGGCGGGGGAGAUGAUCGCGGCGCGCGGGUCGUCGUACGUGGACACCACGGUCGACCUGGACGGGCUCCGGGUCGUGUACGACGCAUUCUACCUGCUCGAGGACCUGGCGAAGGGCGUCGUGCCGUUCGACGCCGACGCGAGAGUCAACGGGUUGUUGGGGAUCUCGUUCGUCGAGUUGCCCAUCAAGGCAAGGGUAUCUUGUGAGAUAUCUGUUAAUGUCAAGAACCAGACUAUUGCCCAUCAAAACUGCUCUCCUGAGGAGCUCUUUCAUCCCUCGCCAGCAAAGAGUUGAUUGUCACUUAGUCUCUCCUCAGCGAAUGUCUCUUGGAUAUCUUUGUAUUAUACCAGCUUACGUGGUUUUACAGAUUUUAGUUAUGACUCCCAGCAGAUCAGUGGAAAGUCCUCGAUGGCUAUGAUUGUUUGCGUCUGAGGAGAAAGUGCAGGCAGUGAAUACUUAUCCAAUUUUAAAUGCUCGCAGUGAUUGUGGAAGGCUGUCAUCUCUGGACUCCAAAGUGUUUGCACUGGGGAUAAAGCUUGGUCCUCGUCGCUGUAUGUAGACCGUGUGCAUUUUUCAGCCGCCACUUACUUACCAGUUCAGCUUGCAAAUGAUGACACAAACAAUAUGAGAUACAAAAAUUUAUAGAGCAGCGGGACCCGUAACUCCAUGUAUAUACAAAAUGGAUAUCCUUUAUCUGCUUAUAGUAAUGAUUUUUUUUGAAAACUCUAUGUUGUGGAUGUUUCUCAUGAAUUGGAGGUCCAAUGUCUUUAAUCUUCUGUUGGA